AUGGUAUUUGCAUCCGAGGCAGCAGUGGUUAUAAAGGGUCGUGAUGGUCGGACAGUCCUGCUCCAGAGCCGGGGCAUGGACUUCCAGGUUGCAAGCCUUGCAGCCGGUGAAGCCAUAGCAGCACUGCAAGCAGCUGCACAAGGAUCUGAGCCCUUGGAUAUCCUGUCCAAUACACAGGCGAUGCCGCUGCUAAGUGGCAGAGUGGGGGUCAUGCGCCACAAUUUGGCGGUCACCUACCGAGUGGCCGGCGGCCUGGUGGUCCUGCUUGUGACCGCCCCCACGACCAACGUGUUCAGUUGUGUGGAGCUGCUCAACAGCGCGGUGAGGGUGGUGGCGGCGGGGCCGGCAGACGGCAAGGCCGCGGACCUGACACCCGAGCGGCUGCAACGGAGGUUCGGCCAGGUGUAUCUGGCGGUGGACGCGCUGCUGUCUAGUGGCGGGGUGUUGGAGGCCAAUGCCGCUUUGGGUCGGGCCAUAUCCACCCUGGAGCAACUGCAUGACAAGGGCGGCAAGACCACAACACCGGAUGCGCCCAAAACGCCGCCCCAGCAGAAGCAGCAACGGUCCGGGCGCCUCACGCGGAGGACGCUCCAGGGUGUGAUCGACCAGUUGGCGAUGCUGUCCUUCGACGCCCAGUCAGCCAUGCAGGGCGUGCAUCCCCGGCCGGGAUUCCAGCUGCCCGAUGCGACAGCAACAACAACAACGAUGAUGACUGCCGGGCCCACGAGGGCAGCAGCGCCGGCGGCCGCUGGGCUGGAUCCCGUCGCGCCCCAGGGAGCUGGCAAAGGCCCGGCGGCGUCCCUGGAGCUGGACGACGAUUUCUUCGGUCUUGGCGGCAAGAAGAAGGACGAAGCAGCCCGGCCCAAGCUGCCGCCGGUAGUCACAGCUGGGGAAAAGAAGGAAGCGGCGACGGCGGCGGCAGCGAAGAAAGACGCGGCGGGAUUCGAGGACAACGCCUUUGGCGACGCGGCCUUUACAGCUCCUGUAGCCGCCGCCGCCGCCAGCGCCCCUGCCGUCGCUGUCCCAGCGCCUCUGGUCCCUUCCGAGCCGGUGUUGCGACUGGCGGAGGUUUGGCGCGGGGAGGCCGCUGGAGGGCGGCUGGUGCGGGCGGGUCUGUCAGGUCGUGUGGAGUGGGUUUCCGAGGCAGCCAAGUCCAAGGUGCACACGGUGCAGUUUAUGCUCCAGGUUCCCGAGGCCUCCGGCGCGCAGCUGGCUGCCGCUCUGACCACCGCUCGCCGCCACCCCGACUGCUGCAAGCCUGGACUCGCUGGCGGUACCCUGGUGGCGGAUGGCAUCCAGGCCAAGAAGCACCGGGGGAGCCCGGUGCUGUGCUACCACCUGCCGCCAGUGGCGACACAGCCGCCCGUCCAGGUCCAGCUGGGCGCCUCUCUGCAGGCUAUGCAGGAUGGGCGGCACCUGGUCACCCUGGGCCUACACUACGCAGUUAGUCCGCGAGUGGCGAAGCGCACCGCGGAUGUCCUCUGGAGCCAUGUGUGCGCAGUAGUGCUGCUGCCCACACGCACGCAUGCGGACUUCAUGUCGAUUAUCGUUUAUGUGGUGGUGGAGGUUUCGGUGCCGGCGCUGCUGGAGCACCCGCUACGUGCAAGCCCGCCGGGCGCUGUGUUCGACGCCAAAGCGCGGGUGCUCCGGUGGCAGCAUGCGGGGCCUGUGACGUGUCUGGACAACAGCGGCACCGGAACGCAGCCGUUCGUUGCGUCGUUUGUUGUCGGGGAAGCGGUGGCGGACGAGACCGCGCUAACGGCCGCGCUUACGCGGCUGAGCGCGAGGAUGUCGCUGCGCGGCGCUGACGGAUCUGGUACCUUGAGUGGCGCGGCGCUUGCACAAGGCGUGGUGGAAAUGGAGCUGACCCCGGCAUUGAGCGGGCACCUGAUCCGCCACCCGGAAAGCUCCUGGCACGAUGUCCCCGACAUGCCCAAAGCCGCACUGGCGCUCCUGGACAAGUACUUCACCAAAUUUACGACGCGGGUGCUCAAGUGCCAGACCAGCAGCGACUCGACCACCACUAAGCUGCUGGUGGAGCUGCAGGACGGGAUGCAGGUGGAGGCAGUCGUCAUGACUUACGACUCACCAAGUCGUGACCCGCAGCUGAUGGGCUCCAACGGGCCCGAGGCGGACCCUCACCUCCCGGUGGACCAUCGCCAGCAGCCCGGGGAGGAGGAGCAGGAGGAGGAGGAGGACAAGCAGCGGAAGGGGGAGCAGACGGGUCCAUGCGGGGAACAGCAGCCGCAGGAGAUGAAAGUGGUCAUGGUGUGGGCCGGGUUGCCUGUAGCGGCCUUGGGGGCGGGCGAGUGGGUGGGCACCAUGGGCCUGAAGGGCAACCUGAACGCGGGGGAGAUAGUGGAGCAGCUCAUGCACGCCCGGGCAGUGACACCGAUACGGAACAUCGUCUUCAUGGGCAUGGGUGAGCCCCUGAAUAACUACGAGGCCGUCAGGUCGGCGGUGGCCAUGAUGACGGACUCGCGGUUUUUCGGACUCCGGCGGCGCCACGUGACGGUGUCCACAGUGGGGGUCGUACCUCGGAUCAAGCAGCUGGCACAGGACCUGCCGGGGGUCAGUCUGGCUCUCUCCCUCCACGCCCCGACUCAAGAGCUCCGAGCCAAGAUCGUCCCCUCAGCCCGGGCCUACAAGCUGCCCGUCCUGAUGGACGCGGGUGACGAUGUGGUGAUCAACCUGAUCCCCUGGAACCCCAUCUACCAGCCCGAGGGGCCCUUCUUCAACGCCCCUGCGGAGGGCAGUGUGGCGGCCUUCCAGGGCGUGCUGAGGCACACGUACGGGCUGCACACCACCAUACGACAGGAGAUGGGGCAAGAUAUCUCGGGUGCAUGUGGUCAGCUGGUGAUUGAGAGCGGCGGUGCUGGUGGGGGUGGUGGAGGCGGCAAUGGGGGCUGUAGUCGGGAGGCGGGGGGUACCCGGGACAUUGAGGACGCAGUACGGAAGGCCGGCCUGAGGCCCGUGGCUUAG